AUGUUCAUAUCUCUAAAGCCUGAUAAAUUUAGCAACGUUUCAUCAACAGAACUAAAGAAUGGAGACGUUUUUGACAUGAAAAAUAAUGAUUCGAGAAUGUUGGCACCAGUACAACAACUAGUCGAACAUUUUGAUAAUUUGGUCGAUAACAAUCUGGAAGGAAGAAAAACUGAAAAUUUAUGUGACGAUAUAAAUACGAUGACCUCAGAUGAAUCACAUACAACAGCACCCCUUAAGCAACCCCUCGCACCUCAAAAUUCAGUUGCUUUUUCUAACGAGGUGAAAAUUUUGAAUGGCGAGCCUGCGGAAAAACAAAUAGCUACCAAUAUCAAAAAUGAAAAUAGUAUCAACUUCAUUUUACCUGAUGGUAAUGCAUAUAGAAACCUAUUGUUAAAAGCUAAAGCAAGUUUAGAAUUACGUUGCGAUCAGGUCAACAAUGAUCUUGAUAAAGUAUUAUUACUUAUUUUUUCUUCAGAAAAAAACAUGCCUGAACAAACUGCAGGAUCUCUUCGUAUAGCAGUUGGGAUGGCUAAUCUAUUGCUGCAUAAAAAGAUGAAGAAAUUUGAUGAUCUUGUCAAAAGACACCUGGGAGAGGGUCCAGAUAAUUUACCAGAGGUUAAAAUCAGCGACCUUUCUGGUUAUUGGGCUCUAAUCAGUAUAGAAUUAGAUGAACUGGAGAAUCAGUUUAGGAAAAUCGAUUCGCUUCGAGAAAAUGGAUGGAUACUGGAACCAGAAGUUCCUAUAGUAAAAAGUACAGUUAAAAGUCGCAGUAAAAUGCGGCCUCAUUUUACUACGAUAAAUAGCGAGAAAGCAGCGUUCGAAUCUCAUAGUCGACACAUAGCUUUGCUUGCAGCAAAGCGACGUCAAAAGAAGUUGCUUGAAGCUGAAAAAAACAAGUGUUUUGAAUUGAAAUGA